CGUCAUUGUGACGCGCUAACAAUCGCGCUUUACUUUAAACAGACGUUGACUUUUCUCUCUCGUAGUGAAGCAGGGUCAGGAUGACAGAAAACGACGUAGAUAAUGAGCUGUUGGACUAUGAGGAUGAUGAGGUGGAGGCCGGAGGGGUUGGAGAUGUUGGAGGUGCAGGUGACAUGUCGAUAAGGAAGGAGGGGGUGAAGGGCUCCUAUGUGUCCAUUCACUCCUCUGGAUUCAGAGACUUUCUACUGAAACCUGAACUGCUGAGAGCCAUAGUGGAUUGUGGGUUUGAACAUCCGUCUGAGGGAAAGCAUUAUGUCACUAAGAUGUCCCCACAGAGAUAUGAAAACACACCUGUGUGUGUGUGUCUCCUCACUGCUUCCUUUUCACUGUCUUAUGUUUGCUGUUCUCUUUCUGUGCUCUUCCCUGAAUCUUGCCUCCCUUUCAAACUCCGGCCGGUCCAGCCGAUGGAAAUCUUUGUAGAUGAUGAAACCAAGCUGACUCUGCAUGGCCUGCAGCAGUACUACGUCAAGCUGAAGGAUAACGAGAAAAACAGAAAGCUCUUCGAUCUCCUGGAUGCACUAGAGUUCAAUCAGCUCAUCAACUUCCUGAAACCAGGCUCUAUUCGUCUUCUGAUUGGCUACACCUCUCAGAAAGAAGGGUUAGGCUGUGUGCCAGAGGACAUCUCCUCACAUACAGCUUCACUUAUUGUCCUCUGUAGUUUGUCUCGCUACCAGCAGUUCAAGGACUUCCAGAGGCGGAUCCUGGUGGCCACCAACCUGUUUGGACGAGGGAUGGACAUCGAGAGAGUCAAUAUUGCCUUCAACUAUGACAUGCCAGAAGACUCUGACACUUACCUUCACAGGGUUGCUCGAGCAGGCAGGUUUGGAACGAAAGGCCUGGCCAUCACAUUUGUGUCUGAUGAAGGUGACGCCCGCACUGUGAUCUUCAUCAGUGCAGCUAUUACGCUCCAACUAAGGAUCACUGUGGACACGCGUGGAUAUGAGAACUGA